AUGUUGAGGACAUGGCAGGCAUUCCUUCUGCUGUUCGUAAUGGCUUUGUACCUGAAGGCUGGCGUGGCAGUCAACAUCGACUUCAGUGCGGCAUCCCACGACUCGCGAGGUAGCGGAGAUGACGGCGAAGACAUCGUGGCCCCUCCAUCCCGCACGGACACUCCAGACAUCUCGGAGCCCACGGAGCUGCCCCCAGCACGGGCGUCCGAAUCUGCAAGCAAGGACGACAAGUCAUUUUUCUCGUACACAGUUGUUCCAGACAUCCAGCUGAACUUUCCUACCAAUGGAACUGUACCGAAUUGGGUGGGUCCGAGUAUCGGAGACUAUGCUGACACGGCGUGCUACCGGAAGACGCACAAGCAGAACUCGCAAGGCGGGUGUCCUCAGGGAUACCACGCCAACAAGCACCGAUGCUGGGCACAGUGUCCCAUCGCGUACCCCGUCCAGUGCCUCACUGAGUGCAUCCCACAGAAUGAUGACUGCAUACUGGAGAUCAUGGCCAAGGUCACAAACCCUGGCUACGUCCUCCUGAACAUUGCAACUGCCGGAGUAUUCAACGCUAUCUACAAGUCGUUCAAGAUGGUCAAGACAGGUCUCAUGUGCGCCUUCAACAUAUUUAAUAUUGCUGAAGGCAUCUCGCGUUUCAUGCGGUUCAGACAGAUAUAUACGCCGAACGGGACCAAGGAGGAACUUCUCGCUGCUGUGUACCAGACGGACUUGUUUCUCAUCGAUCUCCCGGUCGCUAUCACUGCGUGUAUGGGCUACCCAGUCCCCAGGUAUGCGUACUUUGCCGACGCCAUUGUGACUGCCGCGGAAACGUUCGUCAAGCAGCUGAUGAUUAACCACAACUUGAUCAUGAGCUCGGUCGACUCCUUUAUGCGGUUCUUCAAGAACUCCACACUAGGCAAUUCCACCAGAAACCUCGACGCUGAGACCGCCACGAACCUCACGACUAUGCUGGACUCUGGCUCCAGAUGUGGGUUUGAGCUCAAGAGACUCACGGACCGCGUGAUUAUCAAAGUGGGAGACAUCCGGGAAGCCAAUCCUUCAGCAACCAACGAAGACAUCCGCACCGAGAUGAGCCAGUCGUCGAUCGUACUGAACGACGUUCCGACAGUGACCAACAACUGUAUGCGCGACUUGCUCAAGACCAAGAAGCCGUACGCGGCGUACCAGACGCGUGAUAUCUUGAGGAAGACCUUUGGCGUGAUCAUCGAUCAACUGAUCGAUAAGUCCACCACGGACUUGGGCAAGGCUAAGGCGAAGGAAGAAUACUGGCUCUCAACUGCCAACUUGGGUCUUCUCGGCCUCUCAGCUAUGGAUCCCUCGGGUAUCGCCUUCACAAUGUACAAUUAUGUACAGCCUGUGUGUGGUCCAACCGAGUUCAUAGGUGAGAUCGACGACGGAUCGGCCACUGACGCGCUUGGGCUCUCGACGGUUGACGAUGCGUUCCGUGGCAGUAAAGGCACGUGGACCAAGAAGGGCGACGGAAAGGUGGUACUCACGUUGGCUAGUACCGAUACUAAGGACGUGGAUGUUAUCAUUCACUCUGGAGGCAAGAAGUUUGCUUCAGUCAAAGUUUGCAGCGGACAGACAAUCAUCUGGACGUCGACAGUGAAGGAGCUGCAGGAGAAGACCAUGUAUCUGGACCGUUGGCGUCCAGGCUUCCUGGGUCUGCCUGGUUCAGGUGGUGGCUCUCUUCUGCUAUGGGUUCCGAGGUCUUCUGAAGGCGGCCAUCUCGAAAUGACCGUCAAGAUCAACAAAAGCUAGAGUUAGAAUAGUUAGGACUCAAUAAAUUAUGAGCGCGCGAAAGCGUGCGCGUUGGUUGGUGACCCACCAUCCGUACUUACUUAAGC